GUCUUGCCAAAGCACCGAUUCCAACGUGCCCAUCCUCAUCGACCGGUCUCUUGAGCUCUGAUACUUCAUCUGUCCACAACUCAUUGUAGGUUGUCAGCAGUUAUUAACCGAAUCGAAUCAGUUUGCUGCGGGGAAAUCCCAGAGCACAGAAUGAGGAAAUACACCGAGCAGCCGUACUAUUAUCUGACACCACACCAGCUGAAACGAGGCUUGCAAUGGCGGUGAACGGUCUCCAAACUGGUGUAUGGGAGCGAUGGGUUACAAGAAGGAGAGCUGGUUUUACACUGUGCUCCUGUUCUCACUGGUAGUUCGAAUAACAGUGCAAUGGAUGAUACAAAAUGAGCAGCAGAAUGGUUUGGAAGCUCCUGGCAGUCCUGCCCGGCAAGAUGAUAGUGCCAAAAAUGACAGAAAUGGGGGCCCACGGGAUUCUCCUGCUAUGUACGCUAAUUGCAGCUUUUUUGGACAUGGGGUGGACAGGUCCUGCAGGGACGGAGUUCAUUACCACCUUCUUGCAGAAUGGGGCAAAUGGUUUGUCUGGUCAAAAAUGUACUCUUCGGGUGACCGGCCUUCAUGAUAACACCACAGUCACUGUCACAGUGAUGGGGGGAUCCUUCAAGACAACCUUUGAAAUGCAAAAUAAAAAUGCCCUGACUCUGGCUCUUCCAGCAUCCACGGAGGUUAGAGGAAGUGGAGUUUUUACGAAAACAGUCCACAUCAAAUCUACCUUUCCCAUCAUUGUCCUUUUGCUUCAUGAAAAAUUCCGUACGGCUGAGACAACAGUUUUGCAACCAAUGUCCAGUUUAGGGACUGUUUAUUACCUUUACACCCCCAAAACUGGAUCUUCUGGUUCCUCUAAGGUUUUCUCUGUGUUGGCGGCUGAAGAAACUCCUGUUGAGAUUCACAACAAAGGAUUUAUUCAGCUGAAUGGGAAAGGAUAUAGACCGAAUAGUGUUAUUAACAUCACGUUAGCUCCUAUGGAAGGUGUUCAGCUUCUCAGCCCAGAAGAUCUUUCAGGUUCUAAAGUGGUUUCUAACAAACCAGUGGCUGUGUUGAGUGGAAACACCUGUGCCCAAAAAAACUCCAAGUGUAAUCACGCCUUUGAGCAACUCUUGCCUGUGCCCAGCUGGGGAACUCGCUACCUGGUGGCACCAGUCUCUAUAUUAUCACAACAGAAAUCAGACACCGUCGCGGUUAUUUCCGCUGGUCCCACCAAAGUGACCUACACCUCGGGUGAUAAACAAGAGAAGCAAAACAUGGUGGAGGGUCAGGUUUUAGAGCUUGAAAUAUCAAGCGCGCCAUUAAAAAUUGAAGCGGAUAACGGAGUGCAGGUCAUUUUUCUCAGCUCAGGUGGCAAAGGCAGCAGGUAUGAGUACUCUCCUUUCAUGAUGAAUAUCUUAGACGUCGAUAGCUACUGCUCAGAGUAUGCCGUAUUUGGACACCGAAGCAUUGACAACUAUUUUACCAUAAUAGCCGAGAAUGCUGCAAUGGAAGGCCUCACUAUUGAUGGGAAAAGCCUUAAGGAUCCCGAGUGGAAGUCAAUUCCGGAUACUGAAUUCCACUGGCUCGAGUACAAUUAUGGAAAUUCUGCAACCUCUCACAGAAUUGAACAUGGGAAUAAAAAAUUUGGCCUGCAGAGUUUCGGAAUCAGUUCGGUCUACAGCUACGGCAAUGUGGGAGCCUGUGUCAAAGAUCCAGGUCCUCCACCUCCCACUUGCAGAAAUACGGCUUGCCCUUCACGUCAAGUGUGCAUCCUGGAGAAUGGGAAACCGAAAUGCGUCAAACCACAAGUGGACCUGUGCUGGGCAUCUGGAGAUCCUCACUUCCGAACCUUUGAUCUGGUGUAUUAUGACUUCAUGGGGACAUGUACAUACACGUUUGCCAAAGUCUGUGGGGAUGUUGACAAAGAUCUGCAGACGUUCUCAGUUCAAUUCAAGAGUGAUAAUCGUGGAAAUGUUCGAGUUUCUUAUGUUGGUCAAGUCACAUUAGAAACAGGUGGUCACACCAUUGUGGUCAAGAAAGGAGAGUAUGGCUCUGUGAGGGUGGACAACUCCCUAAGACAGCUCCCUAUAUCACUGUUGAAUGGCACUCUAACAAUAUUCCAGAGUGGGUACGCUGCAAUUAUACAGCUCGGGAAUGAUAUGAUGAUGUCUUAUGAUUGGAACCAUUACUUGUGGAUGGAGCUUACAAGGCGCUAUGCUGGAAAAAUGUGUGGCAUGUGUGGAAAUUAUAACCAAAAUUCAGCAGAUGACUUCCUUACUCCUCCUGGGACCCAGGCUGCCAACCCCAUUGCCUUGGGCACUAGCUGGGCGGUAGAAGAUGGCACAUUGUGCUGGCAUGAUUGCCGUGGCCCCUGCCUCAGCUGCCCACCCACCAUUGCCCAACAGUACAUGACUGAUGGCUUCUGCGGGCUUAUCAGCAAAGCCAAUGGUCCAUUCAGCAGUUGCCAUUCAGUUCAAGACCCAAAGAUGUACAUGGAAAACUGUGUGUUCGAUGUGUGCAUCAACAAUGGCUACAAGCAGAUGUCAUGUCAAGCGGUCAGUGCCUAUGCCGAUGCAUGCCAACGGGCUGGAGUGAAGAUUGGGCAGUGGAGAGAUACAGCGGGAUGCUCCUUACCUUGCCCCGCAGACAGCACCUACAAAUUAUGUGGCACUGCUUGCCCAGCAACCUGCGAUGGUCCAGAAGGUGCGUCUGUCUGCAUGGAGUCGUGCGUGGAGACCUGCGAGUGCAAUGCUGGGUUUGUUUUAAGCCAGGGCAAAUGUGUUCCGAAGACGAGCUGUGGUUGCAGGUACAAUGGUUUCACCUACUCCCCCAAAGAAGAGUUCUGGAAUGACACGGUAUGCCAGCAGAAGUGUGUGUGCAACCCUCAGACUCAGAGGGUGGAAUGUAAAACCAGUCCUUGCCGAGCUGGAGAAGAGUGCGCUGUGAGGAACGGCAUCCUUGACUGUUACCCAACAUCCUAUGGGUUAUGCGUAGGCUUCGGAGACCCGCACUACAUAACAUUUGAUCAUUUCAAGAUUGACUUCCAGGGGACCUGUGUUUAUUUGUUGGUAGGCCUCAGUGACCAAAGUCGAGGGCUUACGUACUUCCAAGUCCGCGUUCGGAAUCAAAACCGAGGCAAUGUCAGAGUCUCAUACACAAGUGCAGUUUAUAUCAGCGCCUAUGGCACAGAGUUUGAAGUCAACAGACAGUACCCAAAUAAAGUUAUUGUGAACAAUACACUGCAAAAUCUGCCCUAUAGAUCUCCCAAUGGCCUGUCCAGCAUGUAUCGCAGUCCCUCUUCCGUUGUUUUGAUGUUCUCUUUUGGCCUGCAGGUCACUUAUGAUUAUAACAGUGUUGUCGGAGUUGCAAUUCCAGGCACUUACGCCAAUGCUGUCAAUGGACUCUGUGGAAACUUUAACAAGAACCCCAAAGACGACUUGAUUCCUAAAGGAGGGAAGACUGUUACGGACAUAGCAACUUUUGGAAAGAGCUGGAAGGUAGCAGAAGUGUUAAAGUGCAGAGAUGAGGGAAGCCCUGUCUGUAACAAUCUCCAAUCUGAAGAGAGAAGGCAAAGAGAGGGAGCCGUCGAGUGUGGGGUCUUGGUUAGUCAACGAGGUCCAUUCCGUGACUGCCAUGCUCUUGUAGACCCAGAACCGUAUUUCACAAGCUGUGUCUAUGACUCCUGCAUCCUGGAAAACCGCCAAAGUAUAUUCUGCUCCGUCAUAACAUCAUACGUGAUGGCUUGUCAGGCUGCAGGGGUAACUGUACAACCCUGGAGGAGACAAGACUUCUGUCCCCGUUCCUGUCCUGCACACAGCAGAUAUGAGGUCUGUGCAAAUCCUUGUCCGGUGACCUGCCAUGGUCUCAGUUCUCCAGAUGGCUGCAGUGGGAAAUGUACAGACGGUUGUGUCUGUGAUGAUGGCUACCUACUUAGCGGUGGAGACUGCAUCCCAAUCUCCCAGUGCGGCUGCAGCUACAACGGUUCCUAUUACCCUCUUGGCGAAAGCGUUUACGAUGGAAGCACUUGCUCCCAGAAAUGUACUUGCACCACUGGUGGAGUCAUGAGCUGUGCUCCUUCACCCUGCAGCGCCAAUGAGGAAUGCCGCAUAGAAAAGGCGGUACUUGGAUGCCAUCCCUUAGGCUCAGCCACUUGCAAAGCAUCUGGAUAUUCCAAUUAUAGAUCCUUCGAUGGACUCUCCUACAGAUUUCAAGGGCAGUGUUCUUACGUACUAGCCCAGAGCUGUAGCGGCAGUGCGCCUGGAAAUGACAAGAAGCUGGAUGGGUUCAGGGUGGCGAUAAAUCACGAGAAACAAGGUUCCAGUUCUGGCGUGAUUGAAGCGGUAACAGUAGAAACCCAUGGAUUCAGUCUGACCCUUAGACGUCAACGAAGGGGCGUUGUUGAGAUAAAUGGUACGAGCACCAGGCUUCCAGCAACUUUACUAAAUGGCAAAGUUAGAGCAGAAUGUUAUGGCACAGGCACGCUCAUCAAGACCACCUACGGCCUGCAAGUCAGAUUUGACCACGUGAGCUACGCCACAGUCACUGUUCCAGGCAAUUACAAGAAUGCCAUGUGCGGUCUUUGCGGCAACUACAACGGAAAGGGGGACGAUGAUGGACCGGCCUCCAGCGAUGUAGUAGAAUUUGGAAAUAAGCGGAAAGCACCGGGGGAGACAAGAGACAAAUGUGGUGAUUGCGGAAGCCAGGCCAAGCCAUGUUCUUCGUGUCCAGCAGAGAAGCAGAAAGUAUUUUCUGGCCGUGUUUACUGUGGUAUUAUUACCGAUCCAUCUGGUCCAUUCGCAAAAUGCCAUUCGGUUGUUAAUCCCGCCUCCUACCUUGAAGAAUGUAUCUCUGACUUAUGCCAAACCAAUGGAGAAGAUAGCAGUGUAUUAUGUACCAGCGUCUACGUCUAUGCUGAUGCUUGCCGGUAUGCCGGGGUCAAAGAUAUCACGUGGAGGUCGGAUUCUUUCUGCCCAAUGAACUGCGGCCCUCACAGUCAGUACAGCGUCUGCGCGGACAUGUGCUCCACCACCUGUGCCGCCAUGACAGAUAUCUACGAGUGCUCCGACUUGUGUGAUGAAGGUUGUGAGUGUGACCAAGGCUACUUCUUUGAUGGAUCGGACUGCUUGCCGUUGAACCAAUGCGGAUGCAAUGAAAAUGGAGUAUACUACCAGGCUAAUGAAGUUGUGUUGAACGAUGACUGCAGUCGAGAGUGUACGUGCAACCCCAUCUCUGGAGUCUCUUGUCGUAACAAGACCUGUGCAGAGAACGAGAAGUGUCUGAUUGUGGAUGGUCUCCGAGCUUGUGUCAGCUCUGAUCCCUGCAAGUCCAAAACCUGCCGUGUGAAGGAGAGCUGCCGAGUCCAAGAGGGAGUUGCAGUUUGUGUGCCGGAUUACGACGGCGUGUGUUGGGCAUGGGGCGAUCCUCACUACAAGACUUUGGAUGGCAAAGAAUAUGACGCUCAGGGCACCUGCAACUACAUCUUGGCUCAGUACAUUGGUAACGAUACGGGCCUGGAGCCAUUCAAGAUUACCACCAAAAAUGAGAACAGAGGGUCUCAAGAUUUCUCCUUUGUGAAGAAGAUGGAACUCACUAUAUAUAACAUUAGGGUUUCAGUACAAACUGGAGAAUUUCCUGCAAUACGAGUUAAUGGUGAGUUAACCAAUUUGCCAGCCACACUUGCCAAUGGAAAACUCAAAGCAUAUCAAAGUGGCUUCACAGCCACUUUGGAGGCGGACAAUGGUGUCAAGGCAACAUUUGACUGGAACUGGUUCUCUACCGUGACCAUCCCCAGCAGCUAUUACAGCUUGAUGUUUGGUCUCUGUGGCAACUUCAACCAGGAUCCAAACGAUGACCAAAGAGCUCAGGAUGGAACAUUAAUUAGCUCUAUUACCGACUGGCUCGUAGCAUGCAAAGAGGACGAUCAAGAUCAUUUCUGCUUCGACUCUUGUCCUGGUCAGUGUUCCACCUGCGAUGAAAAGAAGAAGGAUCAGUACAGGAGAGAUCAUCAGUGUGGUUUAAUUGUCAAAAAAGAUGGACCUUUCAGAGAAUGCAUCGGGAAAAUCAGCCCCAACAAGGUUUUUGAUUCCUGUUUGUUUGAUGUGUGUGCAAACAAUGGUGCUAAAGUCAUUCUGUGUCAAGCCCUGGAGACGUUUGCAACUGCUUGUCUUAAUGAAGGGAUUAAACUCUAUGACUGGAGGACACCCAGUAAUUGUACAAAGAUAUGUGAAGAUCCGAACAGUCAUUAUACUGCCUGUGGAAACGCCUGUCCAGCCAGUUGCUCUGACAGAACUGCCCCGUCAACAUGUAAGAAACCCUGUGUAGAAGCCUGUGAAUGCAAACAGGGCAUGGUACUAAGUGGGGACAGAUGUGUUUCCGUCUCAAGCUGUGGUUGCCAAUACAAUGGACGGUAUUACGAGCCUAACCAGUCUUGGUAUGAUGAGAAAUGUACUGUGCGCUGCAAAUGCGAUCCAGGAUUAGGUAUGCCCGUUUGCCAGGCAACAAGCUGUAAAAAAAGUGAGAAGUGUAUGGUGGACGAUGGGAAACGCGGCUGCUAUCCUACUCAGUACACAACAUGCACAGUCUCUGGUGAUCUCCACUAUACCACAUUCGACAAACUGAGAUUUAGCUUUACGAAAACCUGCAUCUACCAGCUGGUAAAGGUAACCUCGGAUGACCCUUCCCUGGUCAAGUUUGCCAUCAAAAUCCAGAAUGAACACCGAGGUAACAGAGCAGUGGCCUUUACUAAAGCUGUGACGUUGGAGGUCUACAACAAAACCAUAACCAUCAGUAAAGAAUUUCCAAUGAAGAUAAAGGUUGAUGGACAAUAUACUUGCUUACCGUACUAUUUUGAAUCAACGAAGAUUGUUGCCUACCUAUCGGGAUCUGAUUUGGUCCUCAUGACAGACUUCAACUUAAAACUGACUUCUGACGGAAGGGGCUAUGUACGUGUCACCUUGCCGAACACGUACGCUGGAGCUGUUAAUGGUUUAUGUGGCAACAACAAUGCAGAUCGCUCUGAUGAUUUCACUAUUGGCAAUGGUGUUAAAGCCAAAACUAGUGAAGAAUUUGGUGACUACUGGAAGGUGGGAGAAGUAAAAGGAUGCACAAGCGAGUGCACCAACUGCCCAAAAUGCACUGAUGCAGAGAAGGACACCUACAAGAGUGACCAGUAUUGUGGUCUUCUCAUCAAACCUGAUGGACCAUUCGUUCAAUGUCACUCUUCGGUUGACCCGACUCCAUUCUUUGAGGACUGCAAAUCUGAUGCCUGUGCCUACAAGGGUCACCAGUCAGUUGUCUGCAACAUCCUUGCCUCCUAUGUUUCAGAGUGUCAGAAAAAUGGUUCCACGGUCAAGGAAUGGAGGACUCCAUCUUUUUGCAAAAUGACCUGCUCCCCGAACAGCCACUAUGAGCUCCUUGGAAACGGUUGCCCUGCAACUUGUUUUGGUCUGAUUGCUCCACCAUCUUGUGUACCGUCCUACACCGAAGGAUGCUACUGUGACAAUGGCUUCAUUCUCAGUGGUGAGGACUGUGUGUCCGUACCAGAAUGUGGCUGUGUCUUUGAGAACACCUACUACAAAGCUGGGCAAGAGUUCUACGCCGACAGCCUAUGCCAGAGGAAGUGUACAUGUGGUGCCGAUGGUAGAACAACUUGCCAGGACAGCCGCUGUGGAGCCAAUGCUGAGUGCAAAGUGGUGGACGGAGUCCUAGGAUGCCAUCCAAAGGAGUUUGGACAGUGUGUAGCUUGGGGAGAUCCACACUACAUCACUCCAGAUCAACUGUAUUACUCAUUCCAGGGCACCUGCGCCUACACACUUAUUAGGAUUAAAAGUCUUAACUUUGAAGUGACAGUAGAAAAUGAACCCUAUAAAAAAGUGGCGGUAACCAAAUCGGUCACAGUGAGAUCUGGAAAUUUCGUAAUUCAUUUGGAGAGAGGGAGAGGAAGGAUUGCAACAAUGAUAAAUGGAGAGAGAUACAACCUUCCCAUCCAGUCUCUCAAACGAGAGUUUUGGAUAAACCGCCAAGGGAAUAACAUCAUCGUUUGGACUAAAGAAGGGAUCACAGUCAUGUACGACCAACAGUAUUAUGUGUCUGUCUGGAUACCGAGCACCUUCCGUGGAUUAACCGAAGGCCUCUGCGGAAAUUUCAACAAAAAUCCUGGCGAUGACAUCCGCCUUCCGAAUGGCACUGCCGUCAAUGACGUAGCGGUUUUUGGAGAGUCCUGGUCAAUAGAUAAAAAAAGAUCAAACUGCAGAGGAUGCUCGGGUGAUCAGUGUCCAAAGUGUGAUCAAGCCGACUCUGCUCUGGCCAGUUCACCAACAAAAUGUGGAAUGAUUUCAGAUCCUCAAGGUCCAUUCAAAGAAUGUCUUCGCUUGGUAAAUCCAGAAAAUUAUGUCAAGGGCUGUGUGUUUGAUGUGUGUAACGGAGGUGGUGGUCAGGAAGCUUUAUGCUCCAGCCUGCAAGCCUACACAGCAAUAUGCCAAGAGAAGGGUGCAAAUGUUGGAGCUUGGAGGAACACCUCCAAUUGUCCACUUUCCUGUCCAAUCAACAGCCACUACAGCGUAUGUACCCAAUCCUGUGAUGUCUCCUGCUAUGGCCUCCUGGCAUCCAGCUCUUGCCGUGAAGAGUGUUUUGAGGGGUGUGAGUGCGACCCAGGUUACGUCUUAGAUGGUGAUCAGUGCGUUACCAUGGACAAAUGCGGUUGCAUUUAUAACAAAAGAUAUUUGAAGGCUGGCGAAACCAUGCUAAGUGAGGACUGCGGCCAAGAGUGCACAUGUAAUCCAAUCUUUGGAGUGCGCUGCCAGAACCGUAGCUGUGCCGAGGACGAGAUCUGUCAAAUUCGGGAUGGUUUAAGGACUUGUGCCAACAAAGAUCCAUGCAAAUACAAAACCUGCCGUGCCAAGGAGAGCUGUAAAGUUGAGAAUGAGGAAGCAGUUUGUGUGCCGGAUUACGAUGGUCUGUGCUAUGCGUGGGGGGACCCUCAUUGCCUCACGUUUGAUGGCAAGGCGUACGAUGACCAAGGCACCUGCACCUAUGUUUUAGCACAGUACGCCGGCAAUGAUAAAACUCUGGAGCCAUUCAAGGUUACCAUCAAGAAUGAAAACAGAGGAACCCCGGCUGUUUCUUAUGUCGGAAGGGUGGACAUGGUCAUGUAUGAUAUCAGAAUUACCAUGCAAAUUGGAGACUUUAAUAAGAUACGCGUCAAUGGUGAACUGACCAAUCUGCCACUCACUCUUGCUGAUGGAAGACUGAAACUAUACCAGAGUGGAAUGACAGCCAUAGCGGAAGCUCAGAAUAAAGUAACCGUUAGCUAUGACUGGAACUGGUUAGCUACAGUGCAAGUUCCUAGUAGUUAUUACAAUGAAACUUCUGGAAUGUGUGGCAACUUCAAUCAGGAUCCAGAUGAUGACAUGAGAGGUCCUAAUGGGGCAUCACUGUCUUCAAUCACAGACUGGAUAAGAGAAUGGAAAGAAGAUGAUCAAGAUCCGUUCUGUUUUGAUGUUUGUCCUGGGCAAUGUCCAAACUGUAAUGAGAAGAAAAAGGCUCAGUAUAGAGGUGAUGAUCAGUGUGGCUCCCUUCUCAAAAAGGACGGUCCAUUCAGAGACUGCAUCAAAAAAGUCAACCCAGAAAAGUUCUUUGAUGCCUGUCUCUUUGAUGUCUGUAUGAACGAUGGAGCGAAGACAAUUCUAUGUCAAGCUUUAGACACUUAUGCCAAGAUAUGCUUAAAUCAAGGUGUUAAGGUUUAUGAUUGGAGGACAGCUACCGAUUGCCCAAUGGUAUGUAACAUUGAAAACAGUCAUUAUAACGCCUGUGGGAAUGCGUGCCCAGCUACUUGCUCUGACAAAAACACCCCAGCCACAUGCACAAAAUCCUGCGUACAGACUUGUGAGUGCAAUAAAGGAAUGGUCCUUAGUGGGGAUAAGUGUGUACCUGUUUCAAGCUGUGGCUGCACCCACAACGGGCGAUAUUAUGAGCCUAACCAGUCCUGGUAUGAUGAGAAAUGUAGCACCCUUUGCCAGUGCGAGUCGAGUCUCGGAAAGGUGGUUUGCCAACCAAACAAAUGCAAAAUAACCGAGACCUGCACAGUGGUCAAUGGAAUACGAGGCUGUCACCCCAAAGCAUUUUCAACCUGCACAACCCAUGGAGAUCCUCAUCACGAAACAUUUGAUAAAAAGAGAUUUUCAUUUAUGGGCGCUUGCAUCUACCAGUUAGUGGACGUAACCGAUCCAUCUUUGACCCACUUCUCCAUCACUGUUGAAAAUGAAAAGCGUGGUAACGCAGCUGUGUCCUUCACCAAAAGUGUAACCUUGGAACUGGACAACCACACCAUGACCAUGAGUAGAGACCACCCACAACAGAUUAUGGUUGAUGGCAUAUUGAAGGACUUGCCCUACUUUCAUGACCCUACAGGAACCAGAGCCUACUACUCAGGAGCUCUUACUAACUUGCAAACACGUUUUGGCAUGGGUUUAAGUUUUGGUAGUUGGAAUUAUGUACAGGUGACCUUACCAAGCACCUACACAGGUGCCGUUAAUGGUCUUUGUGGCAACAACAAUGGAAAUCCAUCUGAUGACUUUGUGAAAAGAGACGGGGUAACAGCCAAAAAUACAAAGGAAUUUGGAGACCACUGGAAAGUUGGAGAGUUUGCUGGGUGUAAUGAUGAAUGUACUGACUGUUCACAGUGCAAAGAUGAACAAAGGGAGGUCUACAAGAGCAACCAGUACUGUGGCCUUCUCAUAAAGUCUGAUGGACCAUUUGGGCAAUGUCAUGCCUCCGUUGACCCAAAAUCUUUCUUUGAUGACUGUGUGUUUGAUGCAUGCGAAUACAAAGGUCUCCAGUCGGUUAUCUGUGACAUCAUGUCUUCCUAUGUUUUUGAGUGUCAAAGGAAUGGAUCCACAAUUAAGGAUUGGAGAACACCAUCUUUCUGUGAAAUGACCUGCCCUUCAAACAGUCACUACGAGCUCCUCGGAAAUGGUUGCCCUGCCACCUGCUUUGGUCUGACUGCUCCAACAUCUUGUGUGCCGUCUUAUACUGAAGGAUGCUAUUGUGACAGCGGCUUCAUUCGCAGUGGUGGGGAUUGUGUGUCAAUGUCAAAAUGUGGCUGUGUCUUUGGGAACACCUACUACAAAGCAGGGCAAGAAUUCUAUUCUGACAGUCUUUGCCAAAGGAAGUGUACAUGCGGUGCCAAUGGUAUAACCACUUGCCAGGACAGCCCCUGUGGAGCCAACACGGAGUGUAAAGUGGUGGACGGAGUCCUAGGAUGCCAUCCUAAAGAGUUUGGACAGUGUGUAGCUUGGGGAGAUCCACACUACAUCACUCCAGAUAAGCUUUAUUAUUCAUUCCAGGGCACCUGCUCCUACAUACUUUUGAGGUUGAAGAAAGAUAAUGUUGACUUUGAAGUAAUCGUGGACAACGAACCAUAUGGCAAUGUGGCAGUCACCAAAUCGGUCACAGUAAGAGUUGGAAGUUACGUCAUUCGCUUGCAAAGAGGAAGAACGUGGAGCUCAUUGAUCAACGGCGAGAGAUACAAUCUUCCGGUCCGCUCCCAAAGAAGGGAGUUUUGGAUAAACCAACAAGGCAACAAUAUCUUUGUUCAGACUAAAGACCAACUGACAGUCAUGUUUGAUCAACAGUAUUUUGUUUCACUCUGGAUACCAAGCACCUACUCCAGUUUCACUGAAGGCCUCUGCGGAAAUUUCAACAACGAUUCUAAGGAUGAGUUCCACCUUCCAAAUGGCAAACUCGUCAGUGAUGUAACAGUGUUCGGCGAGUCCUGGGUAGCAGCCAGAAAAGGAAAUGACUGCAAGGGAUGUUCUGGCGAUCAGUGUCCGAAGUGUGAUGAGUCUGGCUCCGCUAUGGCCAAAUCCCCCACUAAGUGUGGAAUGAUUGCGGAUCCUGAAGGUCCAUUCAAAGACUGUCACCGCCUGGUCCAACCGGCUACAUAUGUCGACAGCUGUGUCUAUGACAUUUGUAAUGGACGUGGUGGCCAGGAGGCCUUGUGUGCCAACCUGCAGGCCUACACAGCUUUGUGUCAAGCGAAAGAAGGAAAAGUUGAAGCUUGGAGGAACCUAACGAACUGCCCACUUACCUGUUCACCCAACAGCCACUACAGCUCUUGUACCCAAUCCUGUAAAUUCACCUGUCAUGGAAUUCUGGAACGCAGCUCUUGCAGUCAGACAUGUUUCGAGGGAUGCGAGUGUGAUUCUGGCUACGUCUUUGAUGGAGAAAAUUGUGUUACUCUUGACAAAUGUGGCUGCAUUCACAAUGGAAGAUAUCUCAAGUCCAAUGAAUCCAUACUUAUUGACAACUGCACCCAGGAAUGUACUUGUGAUCCAUCCGGACAAGUUAUCUGCUUGAAUAGGACCUGUGCUGAUGAUGAGAAUUGUCAGCUUCUGGACGGAGUGAGGUCUUGUGUCAGCACAAAUCCAUGCAAAUUCACUACCUGCCGCCAGAAAGAGACCUGCCAAGUUCAAGAUGACAAAGCGGUUUGCGUGCCAAAUUAUGCGGGCCUGUGCUGGGCCUGGGGUGACCCCCAUUUGCGUAGUUUUGACGGCAAUGAAUUUGACUUCCAGGGCACCUGUACCUAUAUUUUGGCUCAGUAUAUCGGAUCCGGCAGCUCUUCCCUGGAGCCAUUUGAGGUUUCCAUCAAAAAUAACAACAGAGGGAACCAAGCAGCUUCUUUUGUCAAAUCGAUGAAAUUGAAAAUCUAUGGGGUGGAGAUUUUUGUCCAACUUGGUGAUUUUCCUACAAUCCAGGUCAAUGGUGUAAAGACAAAUCUUCCGAUUAGUCUCAGUGAUGGGAAGAUAAAUGUGAGUCAAAGUGGUUUAAACGCUGUUAUAAAAAUAGCUAAUGGAAUUGUUGUCACAUUUGAUUGGAACUGGUACUGUACAGUAACUAUUCCCAGUAGCUAUUAUAACCUUGUAUCUGGAUUGUGUGGAAACUUCAACGAGGAUCCAAAAGAUGAUCAAAAAGCACCCAAUGGAACAAUAAUCAGCUCCAUUAUAGACUGGGCUUCAGAGUGGAAGCUUUAUGACCAAGAUCCAUUCUGUUUUGAUUACUGUCCCGGUGAAUGUCCAGUAUGUGAAGAGGAGAAGAAGAUCCAGUAUGGCAAUGAGAAGGCUUGCGGCAUGCUGUUUAAAAAGGAUGGUCCUUUCAGAGAGUGCUCUAAGGAAGUCGACCCCAAGAAGUUUUUCAAUGCCUGCCUAUUUGAUGUCUGUAUGAAUGAUGGAGCACAAAGCAUUCUAUGUCAAGCUCUAGAGGCCUACUCAACCACCUGUUUAGGCAAAGGUCUUAAGAUAUACGACUGGAGGACACCCUCUGGCUGUUCUAAGGUAUGUGGAGACAUAAACAGUCAUUACAAUGCUUGCGCAACAGCUUGUCCCGCCAGCUGUGCCGACAGAAAUGCCCCAGCCAAGUGCACAAGACCCUGUAUAGAUACUUGCGAUUGCAAUGCGGGUAUGGUCCUCAGUGGAGAUAAGUGUGUUCCAAUUACCAGCUGUGGCUGUCAAUACAAUAGUCAAUAUUAUAAACCCAACCAGUCUUGGUAUGAUGAGCAAUGUGCUGUCCUCUGCAAAUGUGAUCCGAUAUUGGGAACCAUAGACUGUCAGCCAACUAGCUGCAAAGAGACUGAGACCUGUAUGCUGGUCAAUGGAGUACAAGGCUGUUACCCAACCAAAUAUUCAAUUUGUACAUCCACCGGGGAUCCUCAUUACUGCACUUUUGAUGGCAAGAGAUAUCCAUUCAUGGGCAGCUGUGUCUACCAGCUGGUGAAAGUGAUGUCACGCGACUCGUCCCUGACUCCAUUUACUAUUAAUGUUGUGAAUGACCACCGAGGUAACAAAGCUGUGUCCUUCACCAAAGAUGUGAUCAUGGAAGUCUACAAUAAGACCAUAACCAUGAGUAAAGACUACCCAAGACAGAUCAAGGUUGAUGGAAAACUUGUUGACUUACCCUACUAUUGGGAUUCACCAAAGAUCAUGUCAUUUAUCUCGGGAAACAACAUUGUGCUCAAAACGAACUUUGAUAUGACAUUGACUUAUGAUGGAUGGAACAACGUGAAUGUGAAACUCCCAAGUACCUACAAAGGGGCAGUUCGUGGACUGUGUGGUAACAAUAAUGGAAACUCCUCAGAUGACUUCACCUUCGAAGAUGGUGCAGCUGCCAGAACUGCAGAUGAAUUUGGAAACCACUGGAAAGUGGGAGAAGUGGAAGGAUGUAAAAGCAUUUGUUCCGAUUGUCCAACAUGUACCAAGAAAGAUCAAGAAUUCUACAAGAGCGAACGUUACUGUGGACUUCUCAAGAAACCUGAUGGACCAUUCAGCCAAUGCUACAAUGCCAUUGAUCCAACUCCUUAUUUUGACAACUGUGUGUUUGAUGCGUGUGCAUACAAAGGCCACCAGUCUAUUGUCUGUGCCAGCAUAGCUACGUAUGUUUCAGACUGCCAAAGGAAUGGAUCUGAUAUCAAACCUUGGAGGAAGCCAUCUUUUUGUGAAAUGGAUUGCCCCCCAAAUAGUCAAUAUCGGCUCCUGGGAGAUGGAUGCCCUACUACUUGUUUUGGCUUAAUUCCUCCACCGGCCUGUGAGCAAUCCCUCACUGAAGGCUGCUACUGUGAUAAUGGUUUCAUUCUCAGUGGAAAAGACUGUGUGCCUAUUUCAGAAUGUGGCUGUGUCUUUGAAAACAACUACUACAAGAGGGAGCAAGACUUCUACCCCGACAGUCUCUGCCAGAGAAAAUGUACAUGUGACAUGCAUGGGGUGGUCACCUGCAAUAACAUUUCCUGUGGCCCAGAAGAAGAAUGCAAAGUGGCCGAUGGUUUUAUGGGUUGCCAUCCCAAAGAGUUAGCCCAGUGUAUAGUCUGGGGUGAUCCUCAUUUCUUGACUCCUGAUGGCAUGAAAUAUGAUUUCCAGGGUACCUGUUCCUACCGACUUAUCAGAGUGAAGAAAGGUGGAGUCAAUUUUGAGGUCACGAUAGAUAAUGAACCGUUCGGUAAAAUGGCAGUUGCUAAAUCUGUGACUGUUACCAUAGGAAAUUAUGUUAUACACUUGGGAAGAGCGAGACCCUGGAGUGUUUUGAUCAAUGGAGAGAAGUACAAUCUUCCAUGCCGUUCUUGGAACCAUGACAUCUGGAUUAACAAAGAAGGAAAUAACAUAUUUGUUUAUUCCAAAUUUGGCUUUGUGGUUAUGUAUGACCAACAGUUCUUUGUUUCAGUCUGGAUCCCAAGUUCCUACUCGAGCCUCACCGAAGGUCUCUGUGGAAAUUACAACAAGAACCCCAAUGAUGACUUCCGUCUUCCUAAUGGAUCCAUUGUCACUGAUAAAACAGUUUUUGGUGACUCUUGGGCCGUAGCUCGGCAUGGGUCGGACUGCAAAGGAUGUUCUGGAGAUAAGUGUCCAACGUGUGAUCAAGUUAAAAUCGCUGAUGCCAAUUCAACUACCAAGUGUGGAAUGAUUGUAGAUCCUCAAGGUCCAUUCAAGGCAUGCCAUCAACUGGUCAAACCUGAAAUAUAUUACCAAAGCUGUUUGGUGGAUGUCUGUUCCGGACGUGUAAGCCAGGAGGCCUUAUGUGCCAGUCUGCAAGCCUAUACAGCAUUAUGCCAAGAGCAAGGAGCCAAAAUAGGAGCUUGGAGGAACAUCACUAAGUGCCCACUCUCCUGCCAGAAGAACAGUCACUAUGAGCUUUGCACUCGGACGUGUGACUUCACAUGCCAUGGGCUCCUGAUGGCCAGCACAUGCAGCAAAGAUUGCUUUGAAGGAUGCCAAUGUAACACUGGCUUUAUGUUUGAUGGUGAAAAAUGUGUAACGAUGGACAAAUGCGGAUGCACUCACAAUGGAAGGUACCUAAAGGCCAAUGAAUCAUUGAUCUCCGAGGAUUGCUUACACCAAUGUACCUGCCAGUCAGGAACCGUGUCCUGCAUCAAUGCAACUUGUGCAGCCGAUGAGGUGUGCCAACUGAGAGAUGGAGUUCGAGGUUGUCAGCCAAGGGAGUCCCAGUGCACACUAAGCCCCGACCGCCAAUUUAUUACAUUUGAUGGGGUCUCAGGGGAGUUCCCUUUGCAUGGGUCAUAUAUAUUGUCUUCAUCUUCCAACACAAGCCAGGACAAGCAGUUCAUAGUUGUCUUUGAUGCCCACAAAUGUGGCGGAAAGAGGGCAUCGCUUCAAGUAUUUACUGGUUAUGGUUUGAUCUCAGUCAACGAAGAUCGGGAGGUCUGGUUGAAUGGAUGGGAGCUGAAAGGCGGGACUGAGCUUGGAGCUGGUGCAGUCAAGGUUAAAGUUUCUAAAUUCAAUGUAACCAUUGAGCUCCGCGGCAUGAUGACUGUGAUCUUCAGCGCAAACGAUGAAAUCAAGUUGAUUGGUAAGGAAGACAUGGCUGGAAAAGUAAAUGGGUCUUGCGGGAACUUCAACAGAGAUCCCAAUGACGAUCUUCGAUUAAAGAACGGUGAACCAUCCAGAGAUGUGGCCUUCACAAUCCAAUCCUGGGCUGCAAAACACCUCUCCACAUGCAUGGUGUGAAAAAAAGAAAAAAAAUAUCUGCUUUCUGCAAAAGAUUCAAAAGUAAUACAUCUUCAAUUCUUCAUAUAUUUUUUAAUAAGAAUUUUCAACUUUGAAACAGAGAAUAUAAGACGUGCCUUGAUUGGAGCAAUAUACUUACUAAGCAACUGAUUGUACCUACAGUAAUACUGUUUUAUUUGUUUUAGAAAAAAAAU